AUCAAAUCAGUCAACACAGCGAAAGAAACAUACAAAACGUGGCACGAUGCCCUGUAUGGUGGCGAUCUUUUGCCGUGCUCGGAACUUAAAAUAAAGGCUUUUUGUGCUGAUUUGGCAGAUCUGGGCUAUGGAUACCACACGAUCAUGACAGACUUUUAUAACGGCCUGUGUUGCUGGGUUAGUAUAAUCUCAUUCUGCUUGACAAAUUCCUGUCUUGUAUAGUUGAAAAGCCCAUAAUGCAACUCUGACCGAUAAGGGAAUACGGUUUUCCGUUUAAUAUCUUUCAAAAGAUUAACUUCCUGUGGGCUACGAUUAUAGAUGUACUAAAUACAGGUUCUCUCAUCGAAGUAAUCAGUAAAAAGUUGGUGAAAUUUACUCUUUUAUCUGUCUGAGGGGUAAUAUCGAAGGAUUCUUUCCAUGAUACCUGUUCAUUAUCCCUGCUUGCGAAUUCUUCAGGCAUUUAUAAUUACGUUAUUUUCAUAUAUAAUGAAGAAUAAGAAAAUUAACGUUCGCGUUCUCCCGGUGUAAUUACGAAUCCUGAACCGGUUGUAGUUGAGUAUGUUUUGGUGGCUGCAAGGCUCUGACUGAAUAACAUUACCCAGGACGAUAGUGUGUGCGUCAAGACUCUCUUUCACUGACAUUUUGCCGCCGCCAUGUAAUAUAACUACUUAGUUGGUGUUUAACUAUGCAUCCCGGUUGCAUUUCAGCACAUGUGUAUGGGACUGCCCAGUCCACGUAGGACGUACCCGGGGCUCACGGGGACAUUAGAUAAAUUCCUGAAACAAAAAAUAGGAAAAAAAAAUCUAUUUCCUCGCGAGCCCCUGUUUCCACAAGAUGUGGAACACCUUAUAGAUGUAUGUGGAAUUGAUAGCCCACAAUCCCUACAAAGUGAGUAUACCGAACUAUUUCAUUAAUGUAGGGUAAAUUAAUAUUAUUUCUCUCCUGAAAUAGUCGAAGCUUACAUUUGUGAAUUAAAUUUACAGUUGUAAUGUCGUCAUGAAGCGCAAGAAGAAAUCCAUGAGGGUUAUAGAUACUGGGCUUCCUCCCUUAGUGUGGUCUGCAUUGUUGUCUAAUUGACGUUGUUUUGUUGCACUUGAGUAGCUUCAGGUUGAUAAGAAUUGCGAUAGUACUACAAUCGCAUGACGAUGAUUCCCACCAAAGACUAUGGGAAGGGCGUUCAAGAGACUGGGACUGAGGACGCAAGACUUUUAUCAGAACGACCGGCUUAAAGGCUCUUCUAGGAGCCCUAACUUGACAAUAAAAACCAAUGACCAAAUCAGAAUUCCCUUGCAGUUUUAUAUAGUGUGUGUUUAAUUAUUUCCUGUUUGGAAAGUCUUUCAUCUUCCCCCAAAGUUUUCAAGAGUGUAGUUACUUUUAAAUCGCCCUCGCGAUCAAAUACUUUAUUGAAUUACCAUUUUAUGUCAAGGGACGGUGGUGAGUUUCAAGACCUACACCUUUUUAGGGGUUUCAGUCAUUACCUUUGUGAUGAACAUUUAGGACUCCAAUCAAAAUAACCCCACCUUCGCAACAAUGUUAUGAACAGUGGGUGAUGUGUCAGACAAAACAAGUGAAUCUCCUUCAUGAAAUGAGGGCAAAAACUUCAAAAGGCCGAGACAAUACCAGCAUGAAUGCAGGUGACGAGUACUUGCCUGAAUGUAAAUUCAUGUGAAUUCUUUGGGUGGAGUUGUAACCCCAUUAUUCUCUCUUGCCAAGUAGCAUAGGCCUCUGUUAUUUUCCACUUUGACCAAUACAAAGGAAAGGUUUAUUUAUCUCAUCGGAUGGAUAUUAGCUUGAACCGCAGAUAAACCUACCUAACCUCUGGCUAUCGACCAAAGGCCUAUGGGUUUUGCAUCAUCACUUUGAACGUUGACCAUUGCAUCUUCAACAUGCCUUCAUACCCUGGGUGCCAGGGGCUCUUUUUUUCCUGUUGUUUGCGGCGAAAAUUGAGCGGCGAAGCCGCGAUCGUGACAAGCGGGGAAAAAAACAGCUCGUCACGAUCGCGACAUCGCUGCUCAAUUUCCGUCGCAAAGAACAGGAAAAAAAGCCCUCUGGAACCCUGGGCCCAGUUGUUCGAACGCCGGUUAGCACUAACCCGGGGUUAAAUGUUUACCGGGCUUUCUUUUUGUUGUUAUCAAAAGCACUCUCUCGGAUAAUUUUCUGUAUUCUUUUUAGAGUAUCCAAUCAUCGAAUUGUAGGCAAGAAGAAUUAAACUGAAUUUGAAUUUUAAGCUCCAAUAUCUGAGUUCAAAGUCCGCACUAACCCUGGGUUAUCUUAACCCAGCUUCGAACAACCCGGCCCAGGGUAAUGCCUUCCUGGCCUAUCAAAAAAGGGAAAUUUAAAUUUGUUCAUUUCAGCCGCGUUCAUGUUGAGCGCGUCUUUCCAUUCAGGGGCCCGACAGGGUUCCCUGACUGGAAAGGGCCAUCGAAGCGACGCAGCGGAAAUGAUGAACAUGGCCACCAAUCAAGUAGCAUUGGAUCAAUUAAGAUUUCAGUGAGUAUUUGACCUCAUACAAGUUGUAUAGAAUGUUUUUAAUGAAUUAAUACAAAUUUAACUACGUCCCAAUGUUAGAUAUAAUAGCCUAUUUCAUAGAAUUACGUUUACUUAAUGCCAAACCACUGUUGGAAAGUGCGAUGAAUGAGGGAGUGGUUGUGUGGAACCUUCCGCCUUUUUCUUCUUCAUCAACCCGUUUUUGCUGCGAUGAACUUUUUGGUGAUACUUUAUACUAAUUGGCUUUACAAAAAGCCCUCUUGAAUUUAGUAAUAUAUUUUUCCUUGACAGGAAAGACGAGAACAAUCGCCUGACUCUUGUAAUAGAUUUUAAGAAGGAGAAACAAGACCAGGGGAACCGGUGUUACAGGUAAAUCCAUCGUUGGCCGCGUCUUAUCCUUCACAACUGUUACAUUGUAAUACAUUUAGCUGAAGAUUUCUCCCUACCAGCUGCCGGGGAACAGCUAAAUAAUGAUGGUUUUAUUUAUUCCUUGUUGUUGUUAUCACCUGCACUGAAAGAAUGUCCCCUAGGGGAGACACUCUAUUGAGGCGGGGGUACUCAGUUAUAGCAGUGAUGGGGAAGCGCGAAACCCCUUUUCUAUGGGAUAAGAAAAAUCUAGAAUCAAAUCGAAAUUCAAAUAUCUGUCUUACGAAAAUAGAGUUCGAUCCGUGGUAUCGUCCUUCGCAGCUAAAAUUCGGAAAAAAAUUCACAACUGUAUUCCCAUUUUCCCUUCCCUUUUUUGUAGACUGACAGAUGCUAUAAACUAGGGUAACAUCCGUAAACCGCGUAUUUGGCAAUUUAAUGGUAUGACAGAAGUACGAACCUAGGGUUACGCUGGAUUUACAAAGAAAACAGAUCGUACAGGUCCACCGACAUCGGGGUUUCCGUCAUAUUUGGCAUGUUUUUUGAACAUUCGCUUAACAUCGACUCCACGUAUUUGCAUCUGUGGGGAUAAAUUCACCGUUAGUCACGCCCUCUCUUGUAAAAAGGGGGGGUUUGUAGCGCAGAGACAUGACAGUGUACGGAACUUGUUAACGACAUUCAUCGACAAGACAAGAUCUGCAAUGAAUUAAUUAGAUUUUUUGUAACGGCAGGUUGAUUGUAAAUAGGAUUUUAAUUGAGGAUUUGUAAUAAAGAUUUUAAUUAAAAUUAUUAUUAUUAUUAUUAUUAUUAUUAUUAUUUUAUUUUAUUUUUAUUUUUUUAAUAUUUUUAUUUUUAAGCGCUGAUGAAAAUAGCAAUAUUGAUACCGGCGCUAUAUAAGUAUUAUUAUUAUUAUUAUUAUUAUUAUUAUUAUUAUUAUAACCAGUUUAGAUGUAUAGGUCUAUAUUGUGGACUUUAUGACUGACUUACACUAGUACCUUUUUUCAGGCGUCCAUUCCAUUUCACUCCACUGAGCGAUGGAUCGCCCUACGACGCCGCUGUAUUGGCAUUCCUCUUCUUGUCAGUGCGAGGAGCAUUUUCCCUCGCACCGAUAGAUGCCUAUGGAAGCGGAGAUUUCUCUCUCAGAGAAGAGGCGAAAUCUUGGCCGCUACUCUGCCACGUCGAUAACUCGAGUGGCAAGAUAAACGUGAGUCUUAAAUCACACAUUCUCUCUGAUAUAGUUUCCUUUUUUCCGCUUGGUUAAAAAGUGCUUGUUAUGCAGGACACACAACAGUGGAAAAACUGGGUAGAAAAUUGUUCCGAGGUGUAAGGACAUCACAACCAUGCUUUAACUGCCAAUGACUUACAAGUCAAAGGCAUAACAAAAAAUAUGCAUCCAAACAGGAUGUAAUGAUAAUUCGGUUCAGUUACUGCUCCAUCCAUUCAUUACAAGGCACGAGGUUUGAUUUAGUUGUUGGUCUGAGUGCAUAAUUAUCAAUAAUUCUUUUGUCACUUCUACUGUAAACAUGAAUUCGGGUGACAUGAGCGUAUUUAUAUCCCUAUCAAUGAUGCCAUAUGGAUGUCAUUUAUAGACUAAGUUUUCUAAAAAAUUUUUAUGCAACGAAAACUUCACAUUUUAUGAUAACAAAUUCUUGCAAGUUUUCAUUCCCAGAUGCUGUUCACUUUAAUUUCCAUUUAUCGCCAACGCUUAAGACAAUGCAAUCUUAUUCCGGUGUUUUUUCUUCUUGUAGAACAACAAACCACUAACUGAUUUAACCAGCCUCUUCAAGAGGGUGGUAGUGAAAGCCGGGUUUGACCCGAGGCGGAUUACCCACCAUUGUAACAGGUCGGUAAGUUCAUUUUCUUUACUAAAACGUGGAGUCAUAACUGCAUGCGGAACCAAUUCGAGAGAAAAUAGUUUUAGUGGAAGAGAAGUCUCUGGUAUGUUUUGAUGGAUGGACGAAAGACGCGCUCGCCGACGACUUUCUGGAAAAGGAAUCUUGCUUCUCAAAAACUGGUUAUGAUCUUCCUUUAUUCUUCUCAGGGAUUUGCCACUACCUUUAUAAUCAACCAGAUGGUUGAAAACAAUGGGGUCUUUCCGCGGGAGGCAAUCUCCACCCUGUGUCGCCUCGCAGGGUGGAGCGAGAAGGGGGGCACUUGGGCCCUGUAUAUCAAGGAGGUUAUGGAGAGGCACUUGGACACAAGUGCCUACAUCUACAGGUAAAAGCAUGCAUAUGGGGUAUACUUGAAUCGCUUAUACGUGCCAAUGUUGUAUGAAGAAGGGCAAAUGCACGAUUUAUUGAAAUGGCUGGCUCUUGCGCGCUGAUUGGUAAAGGUGGUAGUGCAUUUUUUUCCCCUUUCUUCCUUGUCUUGGUGAAAGUGAGACCCCUAUUGCUGGUGGAAAGAGCCGCAAUGUGAAGGGACUGAGAAAAAAGUGCUCCGGUCAUCUAUCCUCUGGCACUUCAUCGAAGAUCAAUCAAUCAAUCACCACGUAACACCUAGAGCUCCCACAAGCUCGUAAUCGAACAUGGAAUGUAACUGUAAUUUUCUUGUGGUACUAUUCAGAAGCGCAGAGGCUUCAGAGUGAUCACUAAACCUUUUCGACAGUUCCUAGCUCAGCCUUUUGUAAACUUCUAGUCUCAUCUCAUCAUUUCAAGGUUAUUUAAAAUCCAAAGCCGGCAAACAUAAAUUACUGAGCAUACUGGUAAAUAGAGUGGUUAACGCAGAAUGAAAUAGAUAGAGAAAAUAGAUUUGAAGAUAAAAUCAAACCCCAGUUUACAGACACUCGUCGUUAAUACUGACACUUUCUGUGGACCCGCAGUGUCCAUGAGAACGUGGUUUGAGUAUAGCCCCAAUUUGAUAAUACUGUAAGACUGGGGCUUAUGCCAUUUCUCCCUGGAAACGAAAAUAUUGUGUAAUUGAAUUUCUCUUGUUGUGCUAUUGUCAUCGCAGGGAUCUGAGAAACGAGAAAACUUCCUACUUAAAGGCCAUAAAAACAAGUUUUAACUACCGUCUGGUUAAACCAGAAAAAAACUUGGUCACAAGAGAAGAUUGCCUUCAAGCCGACGAAUCAUCAUUCCUCGAAUUUGAGGAUUCGUUUAGUGACGAGGUGUUGAAAACAACGAUAGGGGAGGCGAGUGAAGGUAAAUAAAUUAUUCCAUUUCUUAAAAGACAUGUUCGAGAAAUUGAGCGAUCACGAGUCUUUAACAUCCUAAACUAGAAUAACAGUCUCUUUUCUCUUUACACAUACAGCUCUAAAACGCCUCAAGACCGGAACCAAUCCAGAGGAAACUUUUAAUGGUAAACAUGAGGAUUACAUUAAAUGGCUUAAAAUUUUUUAGGGUAGUGCGGUCACCUUUGAGGUACUUUCUCAGUUUCCUUUUUCCUUUUUCAGACCAGAUUCCUGAACUAUGACUUUUAUUUGUUUCCCAUGAAAGUACUUGGAGCCAUACGCAUAGUAAGCGCGGCAGAUACCUAUCGCCGGUCAUUUCAUGUAUUAAGCUUGUCUGAAUCUGAUUCAUACUAUUUAACUCAUGCGACCACUCAGGCUAUUUCUCAAUUUACCCUUUCCUUUUUUCGGGGAUACCAUACUUUACUAAAAACAGGUGUGGAUGAUGACCUUCCUUACCAGACGUUCAAAUGCCCUUAUAAAUUGAUGACUCUCUCGGCUGUCUCCACCUCCUUCUCACACGUUAUGAGGAAUAGUUGGACAUAAGCAUUUAAGAUCUGUUGGUUUGACUAUGUGGCGAGAUAUUUAAGUAAUGAUCCGGGUAAGGUGGAUAGCAAUUUCUUUUGUUAUGCGGCAACGGUGCUUUCCCCACAUAGGAAUGUUCUCAUUUUUACACAGAGAAUGGAUAAACCUCAUGAAGGCCGUUUACCCAAUAAAAUGCAUUUACACUCCACUUUGAAAAGGUGUUUUUUUGUAUUAAAAGAUUUUGGCCAAUGACAAGAGUUGAAAACAAUAGCCAAGAAAAGUUUACAAUUUUACAUGUUCCCCACAUAGGAUUUUUUUGUUAUUCAAACUGAGACUAGAUUUUGUUAUAUGGAAGAUGGCUGGAAAGUAAGGAUGAAUAUAUGUACUGCUUUAUGCAGUUUUGUUAACUUUGCUGUUUAAGCCAAUCAGAAGUAAGCACAGACAAUAGAAAAGUUAGCGUUUUUUUGGCAUUCCAACAUGUUUGUUGCCGUUGUUGCUAUCGUUCUUAUCUGGACCGUUUCUUAACACUUUUGGCCGUAUUACAUAAGAUCCGAUUGAGCCAAUUGAUUCUUAUCUUUUGAUCAUAGGUUUAAAGCGGGAGAAGUUAGAGACCCGCCUAAAAGCUGCAAAGUUGCGUGCAGUGGCUCAUUAUGCCACUGCACGUAACAAUGAAAAUCACGACAGGCAGUGGGCACUUCCCCAAGCACCCAACCCCAACAAGGAGGUAAGAGUCCUAUAUAAUAUUAGAGAGCAUUCCUCAUAUUUAAUCGUGAAAAUAACGUUCCCUAAAAAGAACCAAGUUCUCAACUUAUUUGGAGGGUCCAUUCAAAUAACUCUUUGACAAUAUAUAUUUGUUAUUAUUGACCUGAAAUGCGACGACGACGGUGACGGCAACGGGAACGUCAAAAAGGCAAUACGUUGCGAUGAUCUAAGAUUAGCAAAAUAACAACUUUGCACGUGUUUUGUACAUUUCUUUGCCGUCACAGCACGACUACCACGUGAAAAUGCCUAAUUUUACGAUAGACAAGCUACUACGAAACUUUCCUUCUCUUUCUGAACCUGGAUAUGGUUUUUAGGAACUCUGGGAGAGUUCGCUUCAAAAUUUGACAAAGAAAGUUAGUGGGAACUGUCGCGACGAAGGUUGAAUGAACGCAAAUUCACUUGUUGCCGCUGACGUUUCCUCCCUCUGUUCUUAAGGUCACUAUUGAUGGGGGAAGGGGAGCGGUCUUGUAUGUGCUAAAACGUAAAGGUCUCCCAAAUUUACAAUAGGGAGUUUGAGAAUUACUAAGACUAGAUGACGACAGAUACGCAAUCGCCAUUUGCCAUACUUUGAUGACUGAAGAAAAACUAUCCUGGACAUGAAUUCUUUUGUGAUAAAUUGGUUGUCGCCUGCUUAUGUCCGAAGUUGCGCAGUUACAACAGAGGAAUGUACACAAAAGGGUGUUUUCUUACCGAGGCGGUAUUUCACAAUAAUUUUUGCCCAUCGUGACAUCUUCAAUUCACCAAUAUUUAACCUUUCACUUAUUGCAGGCAUUCAAAGAUCCCUUGUCGAUAACAGAAUUUUUGGAGAGAAAUAUGCCCCUUGUGCAGAAUGACCUAGCUCUGAGGAGGUUUUCCCCGGUGGAUUACGGGCAGCCCCUCACGGAAGCUGUAAUUUGUCCUUACAGUGGCUGCCCGUUCUCCACCGGCGAUGGAGAGGCAAUGAAACGGCACCAACAAGAGAACAGGCACCCUGGAUGGGGGCGCUACAAUGAAAGACCCGUGGAAAAGAAGUGGAUCUGCCCUAAA